AUGAUUUUAAGUGUUCUCCUUGUUAUAUUAUUUUCAUUUUUUAUACCUCAAUAUAAUGCUAUAGAGUGUGUUGCUGAAGUCAGGGGGUUUGAUUUACUUGGAUUUCCACCAGUCGUUCAAACACCAUAUAGAUGUUCAGUCAAUUCAGAUUCUUGUGCUAAAGUUGAAGGUAAUUUCAAUGGAAUAGAUUAUCUUUUUAAAGGAUGUAAUAAUGAUUAUAUUCGUUAUAUUCAAACAUUUGAUACAUUUUCAAAUUGCACUGUAAAUGCUUGUACCACAGGUCGUGUAAGAAUGGAGAAUAAUCAGAAUCUAGUUACAAAACAUUGUUGCUGUGCUACAGAUAUAUGUAAUAGUGGAAAAACUCUGAAACUAUCAUAUUUUAUAAUAACCUUUUUUAUGAUAUUAUCAAUCAUUCUCCAAAAAUAUCUCUAA